CUAGUGCCAGAGUGCCACUAGUUGUGAGUGUGUGUGAGCCGCGCUCUCACUAUGUUCUUAGGACGACCUCGCCGUAGACCUGAGGACUGACAGACUUCACUCUCCGCCCAAGAACUGAAGGAAGGAGCCCACUUUCCACUCACGAACUCAAGGAAGGACCUCACCCUCCACCACGAACUAAGGAAAGAGCAGCGCUCUACUCGAGGGUUGAAGGAAUCUCAUCCUCAAUGACAUUUUGUACGGGCAUUUCGCCUUCCGUCAACGUUUCUGUAAGAAGCUUCUUUACCCUCCAGCGACCUCACCCUCCACAAGGUCUUGAGGGAGUGCAUCACUUUCCAAGUCUUGCUCAAGUAUAAGGCAAAAUGUGGAACACGGUCUCAGGCCGUGGUCUGGCGUCCCUGGCAACAUGGUUUCUGGUGUUAAUGAUGGUGAUAGCAAGCAGAAAAGCAGCAGAGGCCCAGGUUUCUGAAACCAUAUAUAAAAGCCACUCCUGGUGUGACCAUAAGAGCGAUACCAAGAAAGUUAUCUGCAACAUUACUGACAUAAACAAGCAGUCAGUAGUGCUGGGUGAGGCCACCUGGCAAGACGAAGAUGAGGUAACUGUUAUCGGUGCCAAGCCGCUGGUCAUCCGUCAACAGUGCCCAAGAAACGAUACCCAACCUGGGACACUUAAAAUCAGGAAUUCCCAGGAUGUCAAGACUGAACACACACAAGCUGUGACAUGUUGGAUACAUCUGCAUCUCUUCAAUUCCACAGCCAUCUCCAUCACCCACUUCGCUGACUUGCUGAAAAUCUAUGAUUCCAAAGUGAACCUCAUCAACAUAGACGCAGUUAACCAGUUUGACAUUAAAAAUUCGGAAGUAACUUUCUUAACUGUGAAAGCAACUAAAACGAUGAGUACCAUUAUUAACUCAAUCAUUGCCAACUUGGUUAAUGUGACUUUGGAAGGCAGUUUCCUUUUCCAGAUCAAAGACGGGAGUCUUAUUAAACGUCUUAAACACUUAAAUUACAAAUCGGAUGUUACUAGUUCCAAAAUAGAGAACGUAAAAAUUAAUUAUGUUGAGAUACCAGGUUUGGUGGUGAGUCGUGGGUCCCUGACAAUGGAGAAUGUUACCAUCGACAACCUGGCAGCCAAAGGUAUAACUGUGGAAAGUGGAGCUCAACUGAUAGUGAGUAAUAGUAAAAUAAUCCACUCUUCUGCCGAAGGAAUCGUCAUGAAUGGCGGUGAUAUUCAGUUUCAGAACGUAGAUGUAGGCAACCAUUUUAAUGUUUCAUUUGUGAUCAAUGACGCUGAUGGUAGCCUUUAUCCCUUAGCUACUGUCGUCAGCCCACCGUCAGCAGUCAGUAAGUGGAUACUGAUCGGAUUCUGCAUUGGUCUUGUUAUUGGUACUUUGAUCGGUGGUGCGCUAGUUUUCUUAAUCAUCAACCGAAAAACGAUCAGUAAACAAUUUGAUAAUGAUUCCAUGGAGUUGUUGAAGAAAGAUACGAAUUCAGAGUCACCGUGUGUCUCCUCGCAGCCCCAGACUCAGCACUCUCAGGACACAACACUCCAGCAUACACAGAAAAUGGAGGACGACGAAUUUUAUAUAGAUGUUGGUGCUAAUGAGGCUUCCAGUUCUGCGAUCAGUCAGCAGAACCCUCCACCACUUACGAACAAGCCACCACCACUUACGAACAAGCCACCACCACUUACGAACAAGCCACCACCUAUUCCUGAAUUUGGCACACUUCCAGCCCCGACUCGCCCACCUUUACCCACGAAUUAUCCACCUCCACCCUCUACUGUUUCCAAUUUAACCGGCAACUCCAUCCCAACUCCUUCCCGAAUGCCUCCUCCUCCUCCUCCUGUAAGAACAGAUUCCGCCAGUAAAGUAUCCAUUUCCUCGUCGCACUCUGAUGAGCCCAAAACCUUGCCUCCACCACCCGAAAGUGCUGACGACGACCAGGAUCCCUACGACGAAGUGGAAGAAUAUCAGAAAAACCAGCAGCCACGACCGCCCGUUGCUUCCAACAAACCCUCGUUCUUGCAUAAAGCCAAUGCAGCAACGCAGCCAGGGCGGACCACCAGUGGGCCACCGACCAAACCCACAAAAGCCUCGGGUCCAACAGUUGGUCCCGAGGUGUUGGCUGGACGUCGUUGGCCUCCCUCUCAGCCUCAUAUACCCAACCAACCUACGCAACUCUCAUCAGAAUCAAAAUUCUCCUCAGAAUCAAAAUUCUCCUUAGAGCCAAAACCCUCCGGUAGUACCUUCAGCGUUGAAGACAACGAGGAAGACAUUUACGAGGCAGUGGAAUAAAUCUAAACAUAUUACCAUCCCAAGUGAAGCUUUGCUCUUCAAGGACCCCAAUGGAAAUCAAGGACCUCAGUGGAAAUUAAGGACCCCAAUGGUAAUCAAGGACCCUAGUGGAAAUAAGUCAGUUUGACAAUUUUGAGUUAUCCUAGGUAAUUUACACUAUGUAUGACAAUUGUAGAUAUGUGUACUUGUGUCUAAAUAAACUAACUUAUUUACUCCCUGUAUUUAGGCAAAAAAGGAUCAACACCUCUUAAUUCAGUGGCAUUACCACACUGAAUAUACUCACAGUAAAUCAACACAUCUUUGUGAAAUCAAUGCAUGGAGACCAUGCAGUAAGAUGUUCCUGGGAGAACCACACCAGCCAUGUGAAUUCAAGUAUCAUUCAGAUUUACACAUUCCUAGUCGACUAUUUAUUGCCACGAGUGAGCGUCUCUAUGAAGACCAUAUGGAGAUAUAAACACGUAUGCAGUAUGGAAAUAAAUGGUAUAAAAUACCGACACAAUGGAAAUAUAAACACAUGUGCAGUGUAAUGUGAUCCUUUAUUGACAACGUUUCACCCA